AUGGUCGCCGGCGGCAACACCAGCAACAUGUCGGCUAGAUAUACUCCCAAUGUGAAGCCCGAGUUUGACGACGAUCUCGAGGAGUAUGAGCAGCCAGAGCUAUCCCCCUACGAAACCCGCCUCGUAAUCGUCCUCCUCGGCCCCAGCGAGCGCAAAUUCUCCAUUCCAGAAUACUACCUCAAGCAGUCGCCCGUCUUCGCCGACAUCCUAAGCACCUACCCCAACUUCAUCACCCGGACGACCCCCUGCAUCGCUCUCCCAGACAUUGACGACGACAUCACCCACACGAUCGUCCACUACCUGCACACCGGCACGUACCAGACCCUCCGGCAUGGCGGCGACUGGACAAAGACCGAGUACCGACGCAGCGUGCUCGCCUACGCUGCCGCAUCCAAGUACGAGCUCAGCGGGCUACUGACCCUCUCCAAGAAAUACAUGCAGAAGCUAGACAAAGACCUAUCCAUCUUCGACGUCCUCAGCGUGGCCAGAAAAGCCAUCACCAAAAUCCCGGACUGGGAUCAGUGGUUUUUCAGCGUAUAUGUACGGAGCCGUCUCGCUGCGGCGUUCGAUGAAGAUGAGGAUUUGUUCGAGAGUCCGCGCUUCCAGUACCUUCUUGGAGCGGAGCCGGGGUUCGUGACGUGCUUGGUCCAGGCCAUGGUAGCUAUCUACGAGGCGAAGCUGUCUGAGCUGAAGCAGUAUCCUAAGAUAAACGGAUACCACCAUCAUGACAGAGACGAAGACAACAGGGAAGAGCAAGAACAUGAUAAUGCUAAUGGUGGUGGAUACAUGGAGCCUAUACCCACCAGCCCCGGACGAAACUACAACAAAGCGGUAAUCUUCAUCGAGGAGACCAUGUCGGACAGACAACCCUCCGAGGGGGCGCCCUCGGAGGCAGGAUAUCCGGACUCAAUCCAAGAAGAGAACCUCACCACCACAAGAGAACACAUGGAAGCGUUCCCCGAACUAACAGAUGACGUGUACGUCCCUGAAGCGCAGCAACAGGAGGAGCGAUACGCCCCGACCGAAGAGACGAUCGUUGAGGAGCCAGGACCGGAGACCGAGACGAAGACACACGGACUAGAGAAAGACAUAGUGACUGAGCGGUGGGGUGCAUGGCGCAACUGGGCAACCAAAGACAGGGACUGGUACAGGAACGACAUGCAUGAUGGAGCGACGACGGUGGUGCCUGAGAAGCCUGCUGUUCCUGAGCCGCCGCCGCCCGAAGACCCCGUUCCGGAGUACCCUGAGAUGCAGCGCUCCGUGACGGAGGAGACUGCAACUGAGAGUGUUCCGGCGGAGAAUGUCAACGUUAAUGGGAAGAAGCUGGGGAAGAAGAGCCGUAAGAAGAAGAUGCGGGCGCUGUUUUCCUCUGCGGAGGAGCCGAAAGCUGAGCUACAGGCUGCGUAUUGA